UGGUUCCAACGCUUUAGUAAUCGAAGAUUUGAUAUUUCUCUAUUAUUUUAGAAUUUUCAAGCCUAUAUUUUGAUCUUCUAUUUCGUCAAUUAAUACUGUAUCUACGUAAGUGAAUUAAAUCUUGGAGCAAGUAUAUUCUAAAGUGCAUAUCAGGGAAAACAAUAUGAACAAGAAAGAAAAUAUGGCUAUUGAUUUUCAAGACAAUGUUAUGAUAUUAUCAACAAGGAAGUAUUUAAAGCGUAAAAUUAUGUGCUCCGAACCAAAGUUUAGGCAUUAUAGGAAAGAACGCUUGCAUAUAUUGGAACUAUUAAAGCAUACAGUCGACAUGGGUGAAAGUAAUUCUGCUUUAUUAAUUGGUCCUAGGGGUUGUGGAAAAACAACACUAAUAAAUAGUGUUUUAAAAGAAUUGUCAUCUAUAAAAAGCUUUAAAGAAAAUGCUUUGAUAGUAAAUCUUCAUGGUCUUGUACAUACCGAUGACCGUUUGGCAUUGAAAGAUGCCACUCGUCAAAUGCAAUUAGAAAAUGUAGUGGGCGACAAGGUUUUUGGUACAUUUGCUGAGAAUUUGACUUUUCUGCUUGACUGUUUAAAGGCAGGUGACAAAAAGCGUUCAAAACCAGUUAUUUUUAUAUUAGACGAAUUUGAUUUGUUUUGUGAACACCACAAUCAGACUCUUUUAUAUAAUCUGUUUGAUAUUGCUCAAUCUGCACAAGCUCCAAUAUGUGUGUUAGGGGUGACUUGUAGGUUGAAUGUUAUAGAACUUUUAGAAAAAAGAGUUAAAUCAAGAUUUUCUCAUCGUCAAAUAUUCUUGUUCCCUGGAGAUACAUCAUCUUCGGAGCAGCCAACAUCUGCAUUUGAUGAUCGUUUAGAACUGUUUCAACAUCUUCUCAGUCUUCCUGAUGAUGAAAAUGUUAAUGGCAUAGAACAGCAAUAUGAUGAAUAUCCACCAUUUUGGUCUAUGUGGAAUGAAUAUAUAAAAAGUUUAGUCAAUAAUCUUACUAUAGUAAAUUUAUUAAAGAGAAUGUAUCAGAUGGAUGUAAGUGAAACAAGUUUUAGAAUCUUUCUGGCAGUUGUUGUUUCUACAUUAUCAGAGAAACAUCAACAAUUGGAAGUAAACGAUUUUGUAGAAGCAAGUAAAAUAUUCUCGCAAGAUGAUAAAGUUCUAAUGCUCGAAGGACUAUCUGUUCUAGAAAUGUGCUUAAUAAUAGCAAUGAAACACGAGACAGAAAUUUAUGAAGGAGAACCUUUAAAUUUUGAGACAGUUUAUAAUCGUUACAUUAAAUUUGCUAAUCAGAAUUCAUCUAUACAAAGUGUACAAAGGCCUGUUAUCAUGAAGGCUUUUGAGCAUAUUAAGAACUUGGAAAUUGUAAUGCCAGUGAGUGGUAUGAAUUCAAAAGUGGAAAAAGAGUAUCAGUAUUAUAAAUUUUUACUUACACCACAACAAGUCAUGGAAGCUGUGAAAAAUUACCCUGGACUGCCAACAGAAGUCUCUCAAUGGUCUUUAAGCAGCAUACAAUAGUGAUAAUCAAUGUACGAAAUUGCAAUUGUUAUGAAAAUUUGCAUUUGUAAUGCAUCAUUCAUCUGUAAUUUUAACUAACGAAGUAAUUUAUGAGUAAGUAUCAAAUUCAUAUUUUUCACAAACUUUUGUGGAAAAGAUUAAUGUUAGAAUGUAGCAAAACGUUUUUUAUUUCAUAUUGAAAAUUCAUUUUGCUAUAAGUAUUUAUUAGAAAAACGGAAUUGUUUCCUAUAUUAUAUUUUAUACAAAUGGUUUACUGUGCGUAUUCCUUUCAUACGUAUACAUAUGUGCUUACAUACAGGGUGAGGGACAACUGUUACAAAGCAAUAAUGCCUAAACUAUUGUAGGUACAACAAAUUUUACAGGAAAAAGUUAGAAGGUUCGAGAAGGCCUAUCUUACAUGACUAUUGUUGUUUUUCUGGUCCAGCCUUAGCAUCUGAACCAAAAAAAGAAGCACUAGUCAUAUAAGAUAGGCCCCCUCGAACCUUCUAACUUUUUCCUGUAAGACUGUUUUGUAUCCACGAUAGUUUACGCAUUAUUGCUCUGUAACAGUUUAGCUGCCUCAUCCUGUAUAUUAAAACUACACAUACAGAUUGACCUAGUAUUGGAGUAAUGUCAAGUAUUUUCUAAAAGUUGCUCUGCUUAUUAUGUAACGUGUUUUAACAAGCAAAAUGAUUAUUUGCAUUUAUUGCACGAGGUUAUCAUGAAUUUUGUAAAUAGGUUUAAUGUUUGAGUAUAUCAAAUAUGGUAGAUGAAACUAUUACUUUGUGAUUGUGCAUCAAUACUGUAUUCAGAGAUUAAUUCCUGCCGUUGACAGCAUGAUAAAACGUCCGAUAUUACGUCCUUAAUAAAUGAAAAAGAUAAGUAACUUUUCAUAAAAAUAUUUUAUUCAAAACUGAAAUAUAUAAUAGAGACAUCUUUAUAUGUGCCAUGAUAUUAGACAUGACUUGGGAUACAAAUAUCAUAUUACACGUGUUUACUAUAUCUGUGAUUUUUUAACAGAUUUAUUCCCUUAUGUACCAGUGUCUGUAAUUAUUAUAUAUAUGUAAUUGCAUACGAUUUUAAUUAUUUAUCAAAGAAUGUGUGCGUUGUUUGUGUAACAAUAAUAUGUGAAAGCGUUAGAAUGUGUAUGCAAAUACAUUUAUACGUUUCUAAUAAAUUUACAUUCGAAAAA